AACUGCAGCAUUACGGGAUGACGCCAGUCUAAAUAUAGUUCAGUUUCGGUUUCCAAUCAUCAGAAACAACACGGGGCGUUUCUUACUCGCCUUGCCCCGAGUGACACCUCAACCACAGCUGACGUCGGGACGGAAAGGGCUCCUGGAGAAGCCAUGGAGACCCAAAUAUUACAGUUCAUCUGCGCUAAUCAAGGAGCAGUUGAUGUCGAGGAGUUGAUGUUCAACCUUUUCCCAGGGGAGUCCACGACUGAGGUGAUUUCCAACCAGAGCAAGUUUGCCUUGUGUUCCAGCAACGGGCAGCAGAGAGUGGUGGCCAGGACCAGCCUGAGACUGUGCAGGAAGAAAACCUGUCCGGGGUCCUGCGGGGGGCUCCACAUGUGUAAAAACUUCCUCUUCUCCGGCUCCUGUCACUUCCUACAAAGAAGAGGCUGCAGCUUCCCCCACGUUCUGAACUCUGAGUACAACCAAAGGCUGCUGAGGGAACAUGAGCUGGAGGGCCUGAGCAGGGCGGAGCUGUGUACGCUGCUGCUGCAGAGCGACAACAGCAUGCUGCCGUCUAUAUGUUUUGAUUACAAUAACGGUGAUGGAGAAUUUGGCCGCUGUACGAGCGGCUUAGCUUGUGAAAGACUCCACAUCUGCGAGAAGUCCCUGACCCGAAGCUGCAGCUGCUCCAGAGCCCACGACUUCACUGCUUUUCAGCCGAAGAAGAUCCUGCAUGAUAAGAUGGUGCCCAACGACAUGCUUCGCUCGCUGAAGACCGUUUACGCAAAUCGAGAAGCGUUGAGGCUCCAUAUGAGGGGGAGAUCUGGUAGGGCUAGGAGGGGAAACCUGAUUGGUGCAGCUGGUGGCCAAGCGGGAAAUGAUAUCAAAGAUAAAACGGAGAUAUGCAUGUACUUCAUUAAAGGCCACUGUAAGCAUGAGGACAAAUGUUUUAAAGCUCACGACAAGAUGCCGUACAGAUGGCAGGUCCAGGAAGGAGGCCAGUGGAACGCCUUGCCUGAUAACGAGACAAUCGAAAAGGAAUACUGUGAUCCCAGCAACUCGUACAGCAGCGGGAGUCCGCCUGUUCAUUUUGACACCAUGACUCGUGGAGGGAACAAAGUGCGGCGGCUCACUACGGUGAACUCUUUGGUUGAGCCGACCUUCAUCCACACCACGGAGUGGCUCUGGUACUGGCAGGACGAGUUUGGAAAGUGGAACCUGUACGGUUCAGAUAGCGCCGGAGGGAAAUCAUCAGACAUCAGAAGUGAAACUCUGGAGCAGAAGUUUCUGGACAAUGAGAGUGAAGUGGAGUUCUCUGCUGGCUCCCAGUCUUAUACUCUUAGUAUCCAGGACAUGAUUCAAACUAACAAGCAUUACCGUACUAAGAGGCUUGUGAGCAGACGUCCUCGGUUUGUCUCUGCCGCUGAUGUCCGAACCAAAAAAAUGAGAAAGCCUCCAGCAAUCUUUUCUCCUGUGCCAGACCACUGGGACAAGACUCAGAUCCCACCAACAGGAUUCUCGAGAGUUGCCGUCCCGCGCACUUCGGGUGAAUUUCAAAAGAUUGAAGCACGUUUUCAUUCGACCUUGAGAGGCUUCGAUAUUGUCAAGAUAGAGAGGAUUCAGAACAAGGUGCUUUGGGAAGCCUUUCAGUUGCAAAAGACUCAGAUGAAGAACAACAACAAUGGACGUGAGGUGGAAGAAAAGCAACUUUUUCAUGGGACUGACUCGAAACACAUCGACGCCAUUUGUCUCAACAACUUUGACUGGAGGAUCUGUGGCGUUAAUGGAACAGCUUAUGGCAAAGGAAGCUACUUUGCUCGGGACGCUAAAUACUCCCAUAGCUACACUGGUGACUCUGAUGUCAAAACCAUGUUUGUGUCUCGUGUCCUGGUGGGGAGCUACACACGAGGGGACUCCAGCUACGUCCGACCUCCUUCCAAAGACGGAGGAGACAUAAACUUCUACGACAGUUGUGUCAACGACAUCGCAAAUCCCUCUAUUUUUGUUAUCUUUGAGAGGCACCAGAUCUAUCCUGAGUACCUGCUGACGUAUGGGACCACACACCCGCUGGUUGACAUAUUUGGUAGUGCACCAGUGAAUCAAGGCAGUGCACCAGUGAAUCGAGGCAGUGCACCAGUGAAUCGAGGCAGUGCACCAGUGUAUCAACGCAGUGCACCAGUGUAUCAAGGCAGCACAGCGUCAAAUCAAGCCAGCUCUUCAAACAAUUCCUGUGUCAUAGCCUGAGCAAAGUAAGAACAGUGGAGGAAGUUUAAUGAUUUUUUAUUUUUAUUAAAUCAUCUAAAACAAAAACAUGUCAAAGGGGGUAAUGAUGUCUUUUGGUAAACUCAACGAAUUAUUCAGCAAACAUGUCCAGAAUAUAAAAAUGAUGGAAGUGAAAAAAAGUACAAGUGGAGACUAAAAUGGACAAUUAAGUGACUGCAGAUCAUAAUAACCCGGCGAGUAAAAAAUGGUAGUUUCCCAGCCAAAAUGGGAGACUUUACAGGUCUGGGUAAACUCUGCUUGCCAGCGGCUCCUCUGGCAGGCAGUAAUCUGUGCAAUAAUGACAGAUUAUUACACUUAAGCUGGUGUCUAGUUGUCUACAUGCUGUUUGGCUGACUGUUUUAGUUUUGUUCGUUUUUGCGAGCUGAAACAGCUCGGUUCGAUGCUAAGUGCCUUGACAACCUUCACUUUUACAGCAUCUUCUGUUUCUUAUCGAUCUUGUUCAGAUCUGUGGCGGUUCAUCACCAAGACCUUUGAACCUUACUGUGAGUUUUUGUUGAUCUACUUUUCCCAUUUCACUUUAUUUGUAAUCGAAUUACACAGAAUUAGAGCAUUAAAUACUUUGCCAGAACUGCUUUUUGUGAGCCACUAAAUUUAUGUGUCCCUUUUAAAAAUUUAAAAUGUAAAAAAUAAGGGCUCCUUGAUUUUAAUUUUCUUUUCAUAAUGUAUACUAAGGAAUGGAGGAUUUUACAAAUCUUGAUGUAAAGUCAUGCUUCCUCCUGGAUCAUUUCAAAAUAAAGUUGCUUCCUAUUGUGAGCUUGUGUGACUUUCUUCAUUGAACUUCAUAUUUAUGAAAUUUGUUAGCGUAGC